AGCCAGCCGCACGCCUCGGCGUCAGGGGCAUGGAGGAACGGCGGGCUCCGAGCCGCGCCCCGGAGUCCCCGAAACUUCCGAGCGGGCGCCCGUCUGCCCUGCCGCCGCCUCCGCCGCCGCUUCGCCUGCCGGCCUGAGAGCGGGACCAUGGAUGAAAGGUUCAACAAGUGGCUGCUGACGCCGGUGCUCACUCUCCUCUUCGUGGUCAUCAUGUACCAGUACGUGUCCCCCUCCUGCACCAGCUCCUGCACCAACUUCGGGGAGCAGCCCCGCGCGGGGGAGGCCGGCCCGCCAGCCGUUCCGGGUCCCGCCCGCCGAGCUCCGGCGCCGCCUGAGGAGUGGGAGCGGCGGCCCCAGCUUCCCCCGCCGCCCCGGGGGCCGCCCGAGGGGCCUCGGGGGGCCGCGGCGCCGGAGGAGGAGGACGAGGAGCCCGGAGACCCGGAGGAGGAGGAGGAAGAGGAGGAGGAAGACGAGCCGGACCCCGAGGCCCCGGAGAACGGCUCCCUGCCCCGGUUCGUGCCGCGCUUCAACUUCACCCUGAAGGACCUGACCCGCUUCGUGGAUUUCAACAUCAAAGGGCGCGACGUGAUCGUGUUCCUGCACAUCCAGAAGACCGGGGGCACCACGUUCGGCCGGCACCUGGUGAAGAACAUCCGGCUGGAGCAGCCCUGUAGCUGCAAAGCCGGCCAGAAGAAGUGCACCUGCCACCGGCCUGGCAAGAAGGAGACGUGGCUCUUCUCCCGAUUCUCCACCGGCUGGAGCUGCGGGCUGCACGCCGACUGGACGGAGCUCACCAACUGCGUGCCGGCCAUCAUGGAGAAGAAGGACUGUCCCCGCAACCACAGCCACACCAGGAAUUUCUAUUACAUCACAAUGUUACGGGACCCAGUGUCACGUUACCUGAGUGAGUGGAAACACGUCCAGAGAGGGGCCACGUGGAAAACCUCUCUUCACAUGUGUGAUGGAAGAAGCCCCACCCCUGAUGAGCUGCCUACCUGCUACCCUGGGGAUGACUGGUCUGGGGUCAGCUUGCGGGAGUUUAUGGAUUGCAGCUACAAUCUGGCUAACAAUCGCCAGGUGCGCAUGCUGGCUGACCUCAGCUUGGUGGGCUGCUACAACUUGACUUUCAUGAACGAAAGUGAAAGAAACACCAUCCUGUUGCAGAGUGCAAAGAACAACCUGAAGAACAUGGCCUUCUUUGGGCUUACAGAGUUCCAGAGGAAGACACAGUUUCUCUUUGAGAGAACAUUCAACCUCAAGUUCAUCUCCCCCUUCACGCAGUUCAACAUCACGCGGGCUUCUAACGUGGAGAUCAAUGAGGGUGCCCGCCAACGCAUUGAGGAACUAAACUUCCUGGACAUGAAGCUUUACGAGUAUGCGAAAGAUCUCUUCCAGCAGCGCUACCACCACACCAAGCAGCUAGAGCACCAGAGGGACCGCCAGAAGCGGCGGGAGGAGCGGAGGCUGCAGCGGGAGCACAGGGUCCACCAGUGGCCCAAAGAGGAUGGGGCCGCAGAGGGGACUGUCACCGAGGACUACAACAGCCAGGUGGUGAGAUGGUGACCCCCUGCCCUCUCCUCUCUCAGGAGGGGGAGGAUGAGCAGGCACACUGGCCUUCUGUUGAGUUACCAUGGAGAAGCUGGGCCGUUCUGAGGACAUCUGGCUGUGUGUAUUUGAUGUGGACAUCUGCUUCCUUGUCUUCAUUUUUAUCCAGCUGGAGAUUACCUAUCUUUUUCUUUUUUUUUUUUUUUUUUUUUUUGACGUUUUGCAGUUGGUGAUAUUAAGUAGGGUAGGAGUGCAUCCCAUAUAGAUCAUUUUGAAGGCCAAGGAGAGCAGCACCAAAAGGAGACGACAGUUCUUUUCAUCUCCCUUGAAGGAGCAUAGAAUAGUUUGGGCACCAGGACCCACAGAGGCACACAUGAUAAGCCAAAUUAUGGCUUGGAUGUUCUGCUGAAACUGGUCUAUGUCAUACUGUCUCCCAUAAUGGGAAUACCAGUCUGCAUAAAGAGAGAGAAAAAGAAAAACAUUUCAGCUCUUAGAUGAGGUCUUAUGCCAACCCCCACUAGGCUGUUGGCUAGCAUCUUUGAACUCUAUUUGAAUGUGACUUAAAUCACAAGUAAUGUGUUUUGUUGUUGCAGUUGUUUUGAAACCAAAUUAUCCUAUUAACGACUAUAGCUAGAGGCCCACAUCCUGCAAAAUCCGGACCUUAAGCCAUGCUUUUCCUUCCAUCUUUUAGGGAAUGGGGAGUGGAUCCAGGACAGGUGAGGUUGUGGCCCCUGAGAAAUGAACAUUGGUAGGAGCAUUUAAGAGAAACCUUGCUUAUUUGCUAAUGCCUAAAGGGGUCUCACUUUACCAAUGUUACUUUCAAUGUGAGGAAUGAAUGAUAAAUUGAGAGAGAAAAAAAUAUCAGGAAGAUCAAUAUAUAUGCCUAGCAUUUCUAAACUGGCUACAUAACCUUAGAUUUUAAAUGAAAUAUUGCAAAGUUUAACCUUCAUGGAGAAGAUAUCUUCUUUAAUGGGGUACUACCAGUCUUGAAAUUUUGCCACCACAGAGAGAAAGAUGUUUUUUAAAACCUUGGCCCAAAGAAUAGGAGCUUAGCUCAAAAAUAUAUCUGAGGUCACUAAAUGAAGAACUCUGAAUUAGGCCAGGAGACAUGGAAUACCAUUCCUGGGCUGGUUAUCCCAGGCAUUUAGACAGACUCUGCCUCCCAGCAUCUUGACUAUCUCCAGCCUCAUCACUGUUUUCUUCCCACACCGUCUUUACCUGUUGUGGACUGUGGCCACAGCCAGUAAAUCAGGCCAGACUGUCUAAAACUGGAAAGAAGUGUGCUGCAUUGCCAAGUUCUUAUUUUCACCUGUUCACAAUCCCAACUGCAGUAACAAGAAUUUUAUUGAAUAAUAAGGGGAUAUGUAUGGAAGAAAGAAGAGAAAGCCUUUGUCUGGCAUUUAUUAGGAGGAUCAGAAUGAGUGGGAAGUUUCACAACGGAGUGAUCUGAUCAAUCCCUUCAAGGAGCUGAAGGCAAAACGUGUGAAACCCCUAAAUCAGAUUGAAAAGCCUAUUUCAUUGAUAUCCAACAUGUUUGAUGUUUAAGCCAGCUUUAUCUAAGCCACUUCUCAGCCUCCAGAAUACUCUCUCUGGGGUUGAGUCAAUCAGCCCACAAGCAUUCAUGGAGUGCUUACCUGCACAGAGGGGAGUCCAGCGGCUCCACCAGACAGACACCUGGAGAUGCUUCUCUCACUGUGCUUGGCUUCAUCUGGGGUGCAAGGGAAGGCGUUAUUGGGUGGCUCCCUUGUUCCAGGAACUGGGGGAGGCCCUUUUCAUACCUUGAAUAUAUUCUGCACAAUGAAUGAAUAUUGUUAAGCUCCAUUCCUUAGAUGAGAAAAGUAAAACCCACAGAAAAUAAGUAGCUCCUCCACGGGUUGUAAGCUAGGUCUAGUUGACUGCAAAGGCCAAGUUCUCUUUACUCCAUCACCAUAUCCAUAUGGAAUAAGGGCUCGUCCUGCCUAAAGCUUCCUGCCAAUGAUGCAAGAAGCCAGCUGCAAUUUCCCAGAAGCAUCUGUCUCUAACCCAUGUGGGCAGCCCAACUGUGACAGCGCCAAGCUAACAGUGACCCAGAGCCAUGCUGCCUUGGGUCAGUCCAGCCCUCUCCACAUCACUGAGCCAUCAAUGAGCUGAGAGAUUGAUGAUUCUUUUAGAAAGCUGUGUUUUAUGCAAGGGUGAAUUAAAAGAGGCCAAGUAAAUAUUGCUUGUUACUUGGUAGAGAUUAGGCUCACAAAAUAUUUCUCCAUUUUCAAUGAUUUGUUCCUAAGGCAAGAAGUGAAGGAGGGUUGCAGCUGGGAUUAAUGAGCGGCUGUCUCUGGCUUCUCAUUUCAUUGUUAGGAUCUAAUGUUCUGCUUAGAACAGCAGGACUGCAAAUUAUGCUUGUGCCUGUGCUUGUGACAUACACAAACACACGUGCAUGCGUGCACAUGCAUGCACACACACACAAUGACAAUCCAGUGUUUUGUCAUGUGGAAAAUCAAAACGAGUUAUAAAGCAUUCGGAUUGUUUCUUUUAAACUCACUUUAAAAUUUUGGCAAGGAAUUCAUGCAUAGCUGAGACUUGGAGGCAGCCCCUGCUCACUUCACACUGUUCCUUGUGCACCUCGGGAUUGGUAUCAAAGGCUUCUGCUGCCUUCUACUGAAGGCAUGAUGUAUGGGGCUCCACUUGAGACCAGGUAUCAGGAUGUUCAGAGGGAGACAGCUCUUUAUGUUGGCCCCAGGCCAGUGCUGAGCAAAUUAAAAAGACCCACAUGGGCUUCCUCCCUCAUAUAAUUUCCUUCUAAAGCAGCAAGCUCGUCAGACCCAUGGGGUCCUAUGUUGAUAGAAAUGGAGAGGUAGGAAUGCAGUUUAUUCUCCAAAAAUUGGCUGCCCACUUCCAUGCUGAAUCAUGCUCAGGGAAGUGAUGCCAGCAGAAGGCGUCUGGGCCCAAGGAUCCAUGGAAGUCAGGAGUGUUAAGUCCCAAACCAAAUCAACUCCAGAUACAUCAGUGUCAAAAGCCCAAGAAAAGCCAAAAAAGAAAAAAACAGUCCCCAAGAGUUCUACAUCCUAUUGACUCCUGCAGUUCUUUCCCUUCUCUUGGCAAUGACAGCUCCACUACCCAGACUGGAGAUUGAGAUGAGACAUCUUUGUGUAUAUGUGCACGUGUGUGUGUUUUAUUAAGGACUAAGAUACACACUUAUCUAUUCUGUCUCCUUCUAGCUUUUAGGCAGCCUACUCUUGGAAACUGGAUGAAACUUCCCUAAGAAUUAUUAGAACGCUUAUAAUAAUUGGUAACAUUAACAAUCAGUGUUAGAUAACAGAGAGGGAGAUCAUGUAAUUUUAUUAAAAAUGAUAAAGACAUCUCAUCUAAAAAGGUAACUUUGUUAUAAUUAGUUUGAUCAAAAAUUUGAAGUAUGAGGACUCUGUUAUGCCUUUAAGGUAGUUUUUUCAAAAAUCUGAGCAAGGAUAUUACUAAUGUUGGCAAGAAAGUCCCCAAGAUAGACCUAGCGAGGAGAUAAGAAUAGAUCAUUAAAAAAUAAAUAUAAAUGGAUUGUAUAGAAUUCCCAUUCAGCUGUUUUAACACAGAAAUUCAAAAUAGUGACUUAACUUGGAAGCUAUUUCUCUCUUACUUAAAGACAAACUGGUUUGACAGCUCUGGUGUGUGACAUUACCAGAAGCCUAGGCCCCCUCCUGUUGCUCUGUCAUCCUACUGUGCUGCAUCCCCCUCAUGGACCAAGAUGGCUGCUGCAGCUCCUGCCAUCAUGUUUACAUUUAAGAUAGUAGAGAGGAAGUAGAGGGAAUUGCACAUAUUGCUUCCAGUCACAUCUCAUGGGUUAGAACUGAGACAUUUGCCACAUCUAGCUGCAAAUAAGGCUAGGGAAUGUCUUUAUUAUUGAUUGUCACGUGCCUUGAUAAGUGUGGGGAUUCUGUUAUUAAAGAAACAAUGUGGAAAUGAAUACCAAUAAAUACUAUCAGUAUCUGACACAAAAGGGAACCAAACAAUAUUUCAAGUGUUUUUUAAUGUCACUUACUUCAUCAUACGUUUUGCAAGAGAUAAAAACUAAAAUUCAUCACUUUGUGUAGCAUUUAAUGUUUUUCAAAAGACUUUUGCAUUUGCUGUCUCCUUUGGUCCUCAUUACAAUCUUGUGUGCUAAAUAGGACCUCUGUUCAUUAUGCCACUUGCUAGUUUGGGGUGGAGAGUCGGAGAUGUUGAGAGAUUUCCCAGUGACUCUAAUUUAUGAUCAAGAAAGUUGCUUAGACCCCCAGUAUUUUGACUUCAUAGCCUUUCCUGCUACUUUAUGCAGCUCAGCAUCAGUAUUGGGAUUGGGAAUUGCAAGAAUAUGAAAUCUAAAUGUUUAUUGAUUUAUAUCAUUCCUUACCUUUUUUGACUUGGAAAAUGCCAGAGAUACUGGCCAAGUUUACCCUCAGCUCCCUGCCUCUAGUGAGGGGGGUCUCUUAUUAGGAAUGAAAUAUCCAAGAUGGGUGGUGUUGCAGGGGAGACCAAAACUCAGAGGACGCAUUCAAGUACUUCUAGCUGGGCAUCCACUCCACCUAACUCAAAAACCUAUUCAGCAUGAAGGCAGAGGGAAUGUGCUCCUUAUUAAGAGAAAUCAGUAUACCCCCUCCCUUUUUUUAUGUCUUCUUCCCCAGGCCUCUGGUACUUUGUCAGCAACACACUGCUUUCAUUCUUAAAGGUUUUAUUUGUAAUUAAAUGAGUCCCUUUACAUACUCGCUGGAGAGAGGAAAUGCUUUCAGUUGUCCUAAGCUAAUAUCUGCACACAGAGAGUUUAUCUGAUUCCUUAUCAACCAUGACCUCUAUCUGAGGUCCUGUAUAAUGGGAUCAUUUAGAGAUGGGGUUUAGGGAGAGCAGGAGUAACUCUAGAGGAAAGUGUGGCUCCUAAAAGGAGGCAGAUCUUUCCCAGGUGGAAAGAUGACGAAUUAAAUAUAUGCCAUGCAAUACUGAAAAAUAGAAAAAUGACUAAGAUACAGUUUCUGUCCUCUAGAACUAGGGCAGCCUGGAAACAUAUGGACUAUAAUUCUUUUAGCCAUUUAAAAGAAACGAGUGAAGAGGAUAUUGAGACAGGACCAGAGCACUGGAAUUGUAGGAACUAAAAGCUGGGUUGGAAGGAUCAGAUCAAAAAGAAAGCUAGUUUGGACUUACAAAAGAAUAUCCUGAUCUGAUUGCAACUGUGACUCAAGAUUUACCUUUCCCAUAGUUGCUGUGCUCCCAUUGGUCACCCGAACAACUGCAUGUAUUCAGGCAGGGUAUUAGGGCUGGCUGGGUCUGAUGAUUCUACCCAUUUUGUGCCAUCUGGGAAGCAUGCGAGGGUUCUUUCUCCAAGGCACUUUUGGCCUGCCUUCUUCUCCUCUUCCACUGUCUCCACCCGAAAUAAGCCAAUGCCUGCUCUCUUCUCUUCUCACCACAUUCACCUGGACACGUCUGAACUGAUUCCUUGAGACUUCAACUUAGCCCUUCUGAGCAAGUGGGCAGGUUCUGAAACCUGUGUGUUUUGUAGCCUAAUGAAUUGAUGGAGUGCACAUGAACCCAUCUUCAUAGCAUGUGAAAGAAACAACCUGCCUGGCAGAGGCACAGAAAUUUCCAGAGGUCUGGCCUAGCUAUAAACACCAGCAACAUCUGCAAGACAAAAGCCCUUGAACUUCUUGGCAAGGACUCAUGCUAACAUAGCAGUACUCCAGAUCCGAGAACGCGGAUGGACAGGUGUCUCUUGAGCCUGUGUUCCAAGAUGUCUGUGGAAAGGAUUGCAACUGUCAUCCUUUGGCACACUCAGUGGAACCUCUGUGAGCUACACAUUCUGCUGCACUACGGGAACUCAUUAAAGGGCCAGAUUGACAUCCUGCCAGAAAAACCAGUGUUCUGAGGAGCAAAAGUUUAGUGUACUUCGAUAAUUGUCACAUUUGUUUUCCACCUCCUUUACAUUUUUUUGUUAGUCGUGAGAUCAUCUUUUUUCCCCUUGCCUUUUAUUCUUUCCCAGAAGCACUUCUGGAGCUUUGAUUGCAUUAUUUCUCUUUUAAUGUAUCAUCUCAGUGUUGGAAAGAAAAAUCUGGAUCUUUAUGUGGUGACCCAUUUUAGAUGUAAAGAUAGUUAUUCAAUAGAUAGUAAAUUAUUUCUCCUAAGAGAUAUUUCCUUUUAUUUCUGUACAAUAAUAUGUAUGAACUCAGUUACUAGGGGAUUGUAUUGUGACAUUAUCAACCUUUAUUGCUAUUUAAAAAUGAUAGUUUGUAGAACUGAGGAUUUCCAUUGAUGUGAAGCACAAUUUAAUGAAUAAGUUAAAAUAUUAAACUGUUGUGAUGUCAAGA